AUGCGCGACGCGCGCGCGAGCGCCUCGACGUCCGCCGCCGUUAUUCGAAUCACCGCGGACGACGUCGCGCACUACGCCUACGCGCGCGAGGGCAACGCCCACGUCGUGUUUCGUUACACCGGCCCGCGUCCCGAGCUUCGCGGCGCGCUGCUGCGCCUGUUAAAGACUCCCGCGGGCGCCCGCGGCGAUCGCGCGUGGCGGUGUCACACCGUGGACGCGCUGGUGUGGGGCGCCGACCGCGAUGAGGCGUCGUGGACGACGCUCGACGCGGCGGCGCGGGACGCGUUCUUCGCGAACGCGCCGACGACGUCGGGACGCGCGGGAUGGCGGGACGAUCGGGCGGUCGUGCGCGUGGACGGCGACGCUUUGAAUGCGUUGGCGCUGAAGACGACGCGCGAUGCGGCGCACGAGACGGCGAGGGCGGAAGGUCGCGAUGGACGCGUCGCAAACGCGGCGGAGGCGUUCGGGCAACUGUCGGAGGUCGCGGCGGAGACGAGCCGCGUCUUUGAGGACGACGUCGAGAACGCAUGGGUGAUUGAGAUCAAGCCGAAAUCGUUCGUCGGGGCCAUCGUCAACGGGAGACGCGCGUGGAGAUUUCCGGCACAUCAGCGGUUGAAAGUCGCGCGCGGCGAGCGCGAGGCGGCGAGCUCGUACGUUCCGGUGGAUUUAUUGGGUGGAGACGCGGAUGUUCGCCGCGCGUGCGAAGCGUUGAUGGCGUGUCCGCAGAACAAUCUGCGAGUCACGCGUGGUGCGCGUGUGUUCGUCGACGCGCGAGGUGUAACCGCCGACGCAGAUGUUGUGUCCACGCUUUCUCGCGUACUCCCAAAUCUUGUCAUGAACGCGAGAGAAGUGUUCGAGUUUAUAUUUCACCACCAAUUACGAGGCGGAGAUGACGCCGUGAAGACAUAUCGUGACGUCCACGAAUUAUGCGAGCGACUGAAUGCCACGCGCCAACGCGCUGGUGAGGUAUCGGAAGAUUUACUCGAGCGCUUACGCUCAUUCGUGCUCGGUCAAAUGGCGAAAGAUUGCAGCGUGCUCUUCACCGUGACGUUUGAUGUCAAUGUUUCGGAUAUUGAAUCGAGGGACGACGACUUGGUACGAUUCGCGACCUUCGUCGACGCCGAUGGAGCGACGCGCGCGUGUGCAUAUCGUGCACAAAUCAUCGACGCCUCAUUAAAGUCCCUCGCGAAGACGUCCGCGUGGCUUCGCCUCGCCGAAGACAUCGACGCCUCGUGCGUCGCCGACGCCGACGCCGACGACUCACGUCGCGAUUUCGUCAACGCGCUGUUCGCUUCGACAUAG